AUGCGAAAAGAGGCUCAAGUCACAAAGCAAGGGAAGUAUGACUCUGCACCUGCUGAAACUGCCGCCGGGGACAAGGUGAAACCAAAGCCUCAAAAGAAACAAGCCCAUGAGACAUCUGAAGAUGAUACUCAGUCUUCUAAUAGUCCGAAAGCAGACGAUGGAAAACCUCGUAAAGUUGGUGCACUUCCAAAUUAUGGCUUCAGUUUCAAAUGCGACCAACGAGCUGAAAAGAGAAGAGAGUUCUAUGUCAAGCUUGAAGAGAAGACUCANACUGAGUGUUUACAUUCCCGGCCUCUUCUAAUAAAAUCCUUGCUUUUCUCGCAGGAAACACAAGAAGCUGAGCUUAGGAUGCUAAGGAAGAGCUUGAACUUCAAAGCCACACCCAUGCCUAGCUUUUAUCAAGAACCUCAGCCGCCUAAAACAGAGUUAAAGAAGAUACCACCAACGAGAGCCAAAUCUCCAAAACUUGGGAGAAAGAAGACUGCUUCUGGAGCGGAUUGUGAAGAAACUCAAACUCCUCGCAUUGGUAGGCUAAGCCUAGAUGAGAGAGCUUCUAAAGAUAACUCAGCUGCUAAGGGAAUUAUGCCAACAGUUGAGCUCAAGAAACAACCAGUGCGUAAGUCACUUCCAAGAUUGCCAUCUCAGAAAACAGCUCUUCCCGAUGGAAAACCCGCCCCAGCAAAAGCUGCCACAACCUCAGCGAAGGUGAAACCUGAAAAAAAGAAAGUUGAAAAAGAUGCAGAAACGGUAAACCAGUCUUCACAUCCUGUAGAAGAGGAAGCACAAGUGACUGUAUCAUCCAAUGCUGAUGCAGAAGAUUCACAUGAGAUUGUAUCUCCAAGGAUGAAUGAAGACAGAGCCGACAAGUCCAUUGAGGUAUCUGAAGCGGUUACUGUUGAGCAUUGAAAACUCUGCGGUACGAUCAUUACUCUCAAGACUCAUCAUAUCUCUUUGCAUUAAUUAAGGAGGACAAAGGAGAAAAAGAAACCGUAUUAUAUUUAUAUAAAUAUAUAUCUUCAGCCUAAACUUCUAUGAGAAGAGAUGGGUAAAGGAGUGAAAAAGAAUCAUAUAGGUUUGGUCCUAAAGGUUGCUGCUUUUAUAUAUUCCUAUGUUUGAUGGUAAUGUUUUUAAUCUUUCUAAGUUGUUUUUUUGAUGUCAAGAUCUUCUUUUUCUUUUUCUUUUUGAUGCUUUGAUUACUAAAAGGUGAAUAUUCAGGAGAUUCUGCGUUUCGUUCUGUCUGUGUAUUCUUUCUUUAUCUUCUUCUUUUUCUCAUUUUUGUUA